CGAUGAUGGUCGCUGUGAGCCUGUGUCUACGUCCACGCGUGGAAUACCCUGUGGACAUGCGCCCGUCCUUUUCCCUAAUUGCCGUCUAAGAGCGCGCACUCAUCGCGUGUAAUCGGAUGUCCGCCUUGAUACUUCUCCUGGUUAUCACACAACACUCACCGUGAGGGAUUCGCCGUCGCUCAUUCUCAUCGACCUCACCUCUUGGAACUAUAGGCUGUCUAGUAUCGGGGAUAGAUCUCUGGCCAUCGCUCAAGAUUGCGCUCUUGUUGUUCCACACAAAAUGUUGUUCGCCUGGUCUAGUCUAUUGCUGAUGCUUGCUGGGCACUCGCUCGCUGCGGCCCCGACGACCUGCUACAAUCAAGAUGGCAGUAUUGCGAACAACAGAUAUAAACCUUGCCCGGGCACGACAUACUGUUGCGACAGCGGCGAUACGUGUACAACAAAUGGGCUGUGUCAACAGCGCAAUAACCACUACCCGAACAUGGAACAGGUAGCCUGGUGGUACGAUGCUAAGGCCAAUAGGACUUCCUAUGGAGACUUCACAUUCCUUUACACGGCAUCGACGUGUACUAAUGCCAACUUUUCCGGCUGCUCGACAAGAUGCACCAAUGCGAAUACCCCAUCCUACCUUUGGGCGUGCAACGACGACGCGUUGACCAAUUACUGCUGCUAUGACCCCUCAAAGUCCCUGGGCCUCUGGGAACAUCAAAGCUGUUGCAAAUAUCCCGGCGCAGUGUUUCAACUCGACAAGCCUAGCAUCAUUGCAUGGAACAGCACAUCAGCGUCAACACCAGUAUCGACAUCAUCGACAUCAUCGGCAUUACCAUCUUCUACCACACCAGCAACCUCAGGAGUGUCAAACACAACGGCCGGAAAUGGCCCAACCCCAGGCAUGUCUCAGGGCACGACGAUCGGGAUUAGUGUCGGCGUAGCAACCUCUCUCUUGCUGGCAGGUCGGCGUCUUUCUCUGCCUACUCCUCCUCGCAAUCCUUUUCUGGCGCGUCCAAGCACUGCGAAAUCUCCUUCGACGAGACAAAUCGCUACAAGAUCAGAAUCAAGUCAGAGAAUACGAGCCAAUCCCAGCUGACUUCAGGCAUGAAAAGUCAACAAUAUUGACGAACUCCUCCCCGGUUUCUUCUUUUUCUCCGAUGUCGCCUCCUACGCCUUCCGCUCCUGUGGAGUUGCACGCGAUAGCGCGGCCCCAUGAGAUGCCGCACAAUAAUACGAGGAUGGAGCUGCCGUGAGUAUAUUAAUCGAGCUAGAGUCGGAUUCGGUUCGGCCUCGAUCUUUCGAGUAAAUUUUCUCAUGUAUGAAGGGGAGAUUUUCAUUGAUUAGAGACAGAAGCCAUAUUUAUGAUACCCCAUGAGAUAUAGACAGAAUAAUAUCAUUCCUGACGAACGGAUGACUGAUGCAGUG